GACAGUCUAUGUAUAAAGUUCCGAAGACGCGUAUAUAACUCGGUCACUGAAAGAGAGAGAGCGCGCGGGCGCGUGUAUCCUGAAUACCUAUAUACUCCCUACUGUGUGGGGUUGGUACUCAUCUCGAAAAGUGGGAAAAGAGAAGCUAAAAGAUCGAAAAAGAGCUAGCAUCCCCGACGCCUGAUCUCAUCUUUUUGGGUUUGGGCUUUAAUUAACAUCGUCGCACUAUACGAGUUAACAUCCCCGCUUGAGAAACUUGUCUGCAGUUCUCCGAGUUUUUCUCUCUCUCUCUCUCUCUCGGAGGCGUACGUGUCCGUUUCAUUUCGCGCCGCUUGAUCACGCUGCCGCUCGCAGUGUGCUGUGUACGCUCACGUAUCGAACGCGCGCGUGCAAUUCGCCAACGUGCAAUUUCAAUUCUGAUUCCGACUGAUCGACGCUACGACGCGACGCGACGCGACCGCAUGAGGAUCGAAGACGAGCACGGACAAAGAUAUAUUUUGCAGCCGGUAAUAUAAUAUACCUAGAUUAAUUCGGAAGGCAAGCUUGCGAUCGUCUCUCCGAGAGUCUCGACACGUACGUUGCCUUAUACGUAGGUACAAAUGGAAAUGCAGUCGAAUCCAUCGCGCGCGAAAGCGAAAACCAGUCAUCACAACGUCAGAAUAUUCCUCGUCGUCACCCUCGCCGUUACAUUAUGCUACCCAGCUCUCAUCGAUACGGCGGCGGUGGUCCGUUCCGAGAAACAGUUGCAGCGGGUACUGUUACGAGACUUAACAAACGUCAGGAUUCCACGAGCUACAGAAGAUAGCGACGAGGAAAACGCACCGAGACGAAUUUGUCAUAAUGCCCCCUGUGGAUGGGUGGUCUACAACCCUUAUACGCGUAACAUUGAGUAUUUCAUGAGAAACACUUGUGAAUGCCCGGAUGAGAGUUACAAGUGCGUGCGCGUUGGAGACGAUCUCUCCGCGAGUGCGUACGUCUACCGUUGCCGCCAAAAUACGACAGCGGAGGACAUUGAGUCUCCCUCUCUCGAUGACACCCUCUGAGACGAGGUCGGCAUCUCAUUACUUCGCCAUCGGUACCUUAUACUUAUACCACUUAUGUCACGCCAAAUCUGCAGUUACCGCCAUCGUCGUCGUGAUGGUUUUCACGAUUCGUCUGAAUGACUCCAGCUCUUCGAGUUUCCGAUAAUACAUCUUUACCGUACAUUUUCAAUGAAAAAGUGACCUGCACCGCACCAUUUGUUUUGUUACAAAGAAGAUUGUGAUCGAACGAUUGUUACUCGCGAUCGUGCUAAAGUGAUCCUUAUUAUACAUAUAUAUAUUAUAUAUGUAUAAUGUCAGAAAUUGGAAUGAUUACAGGUAUAAACGGCGCACUACCACCAGGCGCGACAGUCUGGCCAUGCGAUAGUGAAUUCCCUUCCAAUUGUCGGCUGGAUUAACAAUUUUACAAUCAGGAAUAAACUUUUAAUACGAUACGUAUGUGCAUAUAUAUAUGCAUACAUAUGUAUGUAAAAAAUGUUACAUGUUAUUGUUAGAAUUUUUGAUACAUGAUUAAAUUUUCCAAUUCUUGGAAAUUCGCGCACUUGGUCGACGCUUGUCGCGUAUACGAUUGAAAACCUAACGAAUAGCAGCAAUUAAAAAUCAAUUAAUUCAUAUCGAGCCAUGUGGUUUAUAUACGUAUAUUUUUAAUAUCUUUAUAUCUCUUAACUUUACUUUUGUUUACAUUAUUGCAAUGUAUAAUGUAUUUCAACUUUCAUACUCAUAUGUGUAUAUCGAUUCAAACUCGUCUUUCAGAAUCGAUUUGCGUGUAAAACAUAUAUGCCACACCAACAAUCUUAAAAAUUCUCGCUUACUUUUGGUUUACUCCCAACAUGUAAAAUUGUUAAAUUGUUUAUAUUAUUACAUUCAGCCAAAAAUCAGUUACUCAGCCAUUUGGUCAACAGACAAAUUUCGAUCCUCAUAUUUGAUUUGGCAGAAAGUGUAAAAUCGAAUCCAUUAAUUUGAUAUAUUUAUUAAAUGCGUUAAAAAGCUAUAAAAUGAUAUGGAUGAAUACGGGCCUUUGACAACAUUCGCGAUAGCACUUUUCUUACAUUUUCUUACCUUUCUUUGUACUUAACCAAAUAUCAAAAAAUAAUUCUCUUUUCAUAUAAUAGUUGUAGUAGUAAUAGUAGUAGUG